GACAGCAUGAGGCACUCUGCCGCCGCGCGCCGCUUCUUGAAGUACUGCCCCAGCAUCAGCGAGGCGGCCUCCCGGACCAUCGCGGCGCCGACCCCCAGCAGCACGCCGUAACUGCAACAGCGUCGCAAUCAAGCAGUAUGCGCCUACUAUCUCUAUGUGGCCCUUUGCUGUUCGACUGCGCCCGCGGUACGGAGACCUCAUCAACGUGCGCAAAUACUCGAGCAUUGAAGGCUGCAGGUCUUCCUGUCGGAACCGCUGCGUAUCUACUCGUCGCGGCCACCAUGUCCUUCCGGUGUGAUUCUGGAGGCGCGAGUGGUGACACUUCUGUAGACUCUACUAUCGGCGACAACAUAAGUUCUACCGCCGAUCAUGUAACCGGACGUCUAAGUAAUCAGACAGAAAUGAAGAUUGACUGCACAGUGUGCGACAAGAAAUAUUCGCCAAGUGGUUCCGUCCAAGUCCAUCUCCACACCCACUCAGAAGAAAAGCCUUUUGCGUGUACUGUGUGCAACAAGAAAUUCUCUUUGAAAUCUAAUUUGCGCGUACAUCUCCGAACACAUACUAGAGAAAAGCCUUUUGAGUGUACUGUGUGCCACAAGAAAUUUUCUACAAGUAGUUACCUUCAUGUCCACGUCCGAACUCACACAGGGGAAAAGCCUUUUGAGUGUACCGUGUGCAACAAGAAAUUUUCUGCAAGUAGUUCUCUUCGAGUCCAUCUUCGCACUCACACAGGAGAAAAGCCUUUUGAGUGUACUGUGUGCAACAAAACAUUUUCUUGUAGUAGUCAUUUACAUGAACAUCUCCGUUCUCACACAGGAGAAAAGAAUUUUGAGUGUACCGUGUGCAACAAGGAAUUUUCUUCAAGUAGUUCUCUUCGAGUCCAUCUUCGCACUCACACAGGAGAGAAGCCUUUUGAGUGUACUGUGUGCAACAAAGCAUUUUCUCGUAGUAGUCAUUUACACGUACAUCUCCGGACUCACACAGGAGAAAAGCCUUUUGAAUGUACUGUGUGCAACAAGAAAUAUUCCCAAAGUGGUUCUCUUCAAGCGCACCUUCGAACGCACACAGAAGAAAAGCCUUUUGAGUGUACUGUGUGCAACAAAGCAUUUUCUAGAAGUGAUUCUCUUCAAGCGCACCUCCGGACUCACACAGGAGAAAAGCCUUUUGAGUGUACUGUGUGCAACAAAGCAUUUUCUAGAAAUGAUUCUCUUCAAGCGCACCUCCGGACUCACACAGGAGAAAAGCCUUUUGAAUGUACUGUGUGCAACAAAACAUUUUCUUCUAGUAGUUAUUUACACGUACAUCUCCGUUCUCACACAGGAGAAAAGCCUUUUGGGUGUACUGUGUGCAACAAAGCAUUUUCUUGUAGUAGUCAUUUACACGUACAUCUCCGUUCUCACACAGGAGAAAAGCCUUAGUGUACUGUGUGUAGUAAGAAAUAUUCCCAAAGUUGUUCUCUUCAAGAGAACCUCCGAACACACACAAGAGAAAAGACCGUUAAGUGAACUGUGAGCAGCAAGAAAAGUUUUGCGAUGUGAUCUCCAAGUCCAUUUUGAACUAUCUCACAGGAGAAAAGCCUUUUGAGUAAACUUUGUGCCUUUGCAAGUAGUAACUUGUAUGUCUGCAUCUACCCUCACCUAUAUUUAAACCUGAGAGAAUCCUUUUUGCAAAAGUUGGAACUGUUGUAAACCUUUUUACUUUGAACUCCUUCCAAAUAUUUUAUUUUGUCAGCCCGCAGCACAAAACGUACGAGAUAUUAAAACAGAAUACUUUUUAUUAUGAAAGAAAGCAGUCUUUUUUUCUAUGUAAAUGGAUCAACUGUAUGUAUCAUCAGGAGCUGUCCCUCCAUAAACAACUAAGACAGUUGAGUCGUGUAAGAUCCACGAUUGUAAAUUGACGGCCCUGCUGUAAAUCAAUAUUAGAAGCCGUGUCUAGCAUACGGACAGUUCUGGAAGUACAGUAAUAUUUUAAGAGUGUUUAAUGCUGAAAAAAAUUGUUACAAACAGUACCGGGUGUUGCAUAAAAGACACAGGUGCGGGCAGGUUUGCCUACCCGCUCUGCCUGUGCGCCAUAGCCCCUUGGGUAGGCAAACCCCUCCCGCACAUGUGUCUUUUAUGCAACACCCGGUACUGUUUUGUAACACUCUUUUCCAGCAUUGCUUAUUUGACUUUUAAAUUAUGUAGCCCUAUAUAAGCAAAGCGUUAUCAGUGUGUGAGUGUGGGUGGUUUGCAAAAUGAAAUAUGCGUUUAGUUCUGAUAUGAAAAGAUAUCUUGUUUGCACGUUUUUAGAAAUUAAUAUUCUAUACGACAAGGAAUUUUUCAUAUGUGAUUAUUUGCAUGAUCAACAUGAAAACCCUUUUUCGUAAACAGUUUGCUUCAAGAAAUUUCGUAUGAGAUUUUUCUUCUUUCCACUCCCAGAAAAAUCCUCUCUUUAUUCAAGUAUAUUUGCACUCGAGCAUGCACAAGAGCAAUUUUUCUCUUGAAACUAGGCAAAAAUACCAUUAGAAUGAGAUCAGUCCUCUUCGAAUAAGACAAUUGUGUACAAGAUUAUUUACAAGUAUAUUUUUCUAGUUUGAAUGACAUUUUUGCAUUAGUCUGCUGCAUUCGUCGUUUUCAUGUAAUCUGAAAUCUGUGUUUAUCUCGAAUACCCCUAAAACAACUUCAGUGUCAGCGCACUUUAUGUAUAGUGUUAAGGUAAUGAUCGUUUUCCGUCAGUCAAAAAUAAACUUUUACCUAUAA